AUGGUUGAAAGAAGCCAGGUAAUUGCCUGGACAGGAUCUUGGACCGGUUUGAUCGGCAGCAUAGUAGGUCCAAAAACCGUUUCAUCUGUGUACUCAGACUUGAUUAGUCUCGGUGGUGCUGACCCUGAGCUCCUUGCCCGACUUGAAGGUAGAAGUUCCUUGAAAGAAAUAGAACCAUAUCUGUUUGCUGAUGAAGAUUCAUCUGUACAUGGUGAUAUUCUUGAGUUUCAUGGUCCAGAGGGAACAGGAAAAACAGAAAUGCUUUAUCAUUUAACAGCACGAUGUAUACUCCCAAAAUCGGAAGGGGGACUGGAAGUAGAAGUCUUAUUUAUUGACACAGAUUAUCACUUUGAUAUGCUUCGGCUGGUUACAAUUCUCGAACAUAGACUAUCCCAGAGUUCUGAAGAAAUGGUAAAAUGCUGCCUCGGAAGGUUGCUUCUGGUGAACUGCAGUAGUAACACCCAGCUGCUCCUCACGCUGUACUCACUAGAAACCGUGGUUUGUAGCCACCCUUCCCUCUGCCUUUUGAUCUUGGAUAGCCUGUCUGCUUUUUACUGGAUAGACCGCGUCAAUGGAGGAGAAAGUGUUAACCUACAGGAGUAUACCCUGAAGAAAUGUGCUCAGUUCUUAGAGAAGCUCGUAAAUGAGUAUCGCUUGGUUCUUUUUGCAACAACACAAAGUAUAAUGCAGAAAACCACAAACUGGACAGAAGGGCCUUCUUCUGCCUUGAGCCAUCCGAGUGAGGCAGAUGUGGACUAUAGACCCUAUCUCUGUAAGGCAUGGCAACAAGUAGUAAGGCAUAGAAUAUUUUUCUCCAAACAAGAGGAUUUUAAAACCAGCAACCAGUUUUCUUUGGUUUCACGUCAUUUAAAAAGUAACAGUUUAAAAAAGCAUAUUUUUAUUAUUGGAGAAAGUGGCAUUGAGUUUUGUUGAUAUGUAUCAUAAAAUAGUGUUUUUCAGGAUAGUAUGCAAAAUUUA